AUGGCACUUCGAUAUUCAGCAGAGUUCCUGCUGCACCUGCGCGACUCGCCACUAUGUAUCAAACCAGACGGUUUCCCUCCUCUCGAGGAGUGGAUGGGCGCUCAAGCAGAGCAACAGACCCGAACUCAAAGUAAGAUCCUCAGUGACAGGUCACGCAACGACGAUGCCUUCUCCAUGGACCAGUCCAACCGUCGAUCCGGAGCUGAGCGCCACAUUUCCCGCAACAGCGCGAGUUGGUUCAUCCCUACCAUCGCGAAGCAUCCAGAUGAAAUAGUCUUUGCGCCUCCGCGAACCAACUUUUCCUCAUCUCGAAGCAAAUUACUAGACGGCGACAAGGCCGCCAAGGAAUUAGAACAAGGCCGAUUCGGUAUUCGCAGUGCUGAGAAUGACCGCACACGCGAUGGUAGAGGUAACGGGCUUCGCCGGCGCGGUGAUAGUGACCUUGAAGGCGAAGGCUGGAGUACCGUGAAGCCUCGCAAGAGCUUCGGCGCCGAAGGUGCGGAGCGUUUCUCCGGCAAAAUGGGCGGCAACUACCGCGACGAGGUCAAGCCCAGUGACCGCGACGGAAACAGAGACCGCCCAAGCAAGACGACUGAUGCUUUCGGUCGCGACAAGGACAGAGAUCCCGAUGGUCGUACUCGCAAUGGCUUGGGCAGAAAAUUGGAGCCCUGGAACAAGUCGGAUGCCAACGCUGACGUUGCCACACCUGAGCGACGGGAUCGUGACCGAACGAAAAGCUGGCGAGAGCGCGAUGCAGAAGCUCCCGCAGAGAAUCCCCGAGGCGGCGAUAGACGCUGGGGCAGAGAUCGCGAUCAGCGGGCAGAGCGUGAACCGGAGUGGUUCGAUGAGCCUGCCAAAGAGCAGCGUGAUGUCCACACUCAGCAAGACUUUCAAAAGUGGAUGGAGCAAAUGAAGAAGGCUAAGAACGCUCAGGAGAACCAAGCCACUGAAACAGUCGAGCCCGAGAAGCCCGCCAAGUCUACACCCGUUAUUGAACAGGGCCCAGACAAGUUCUUCAUGGCCUUUGGUGGCGAAGCCACCAUUGACAGCCAGCCACAGGCCGAGCAGACAGAAGGGACCAGCAAACCUAAGCCUGCCGGUAAAUCGUCUCGUUUCACCUCAUUCUUUGGCGGUGGCCAAGAAGAACCUCGACAGGGCACGGAACCGUCCACGCCAGCAACUGCAGCACCGUCGGUGCCACCCGGGUUUGCUCACCUCUUCGGCGGGAUGGCUCCCGCCAGCGGCCGUGGCGGAUCUGCUGGGCCCGAGGACGAGAAGCAAGCGUUUGCGCAAUUGCUUGCCAAGCUGCAAAAACAGACUGUCAGCAACACACCGCCCGGUCUAUCGCUAUUCUCUCCCCCACAACAGACUGCCAGUGAGGUUGGCAAGAAGAGCGCUGUCACAUCGCCGGAGCCGUAUCAGCAAUACGGGAAUGACGGCAGAGAAGGACCUACUGCCAGACCUCAGCAGCAACAGCAGCAGCAGCAGCAGCAGCAGCAGCAUGCAAUCCACGCCCCCCGUCCCCAGCCGCAGAACGCCCGUCCUGACCAGCUGCUCCAGGAUCUCGUCGGUCACCACCAGCGGGCUUCUAGUCAAAGCUCGUCGCAACGUGAUCCCUCCAUGGUCAAGAACAACAGCAACACCGAGUUUCUCAUGAACCUCAUGCGCGCGGGCCCUCCCAACACCCAGCGUUCCGAGCAGCUGCAGGCCAUGAUGGCUCAUGGCGGACACAUGUCGCAGAAACCGUCGCCCUUAUCUCCCAUGAACGAGCGCGACGCCCACGCUCAGCAGCAGCAGAGCCGUCCAGGCCCGCCACCAGGAUUCCCCGCCUUGGACGACUCGUUUCGCUCGUCAGAUGCCGAAUCGCGACCGAACCCGACGCAGAUUCUCCAGCGACCACCUCCUCCCCCAGGCUUGGACCACAUGCCGCCCAGCUGGAUGCAUGGCCCCGGUCUCCCUCCCGGCGUUGGUGGUCCACCUCCCGGCCAGCAACGCGGAGGCGGCGGCGGACCUAUGGUGAUUCCGCCCCCUGGGCUCCCCGGCGGCCCUCCCAGCCGCACCAUGCCCAUGCCGCACAUGUUUCCGCCCAACUUUCCCCCGGGAGCCAUGCCGCCACCACCGCCUGAGAUGCGCGGCAGCAUGCAUAUGCCCCCGCCGGGCUUCUUCAACGGACCUCUUCCACCGCACGGCUUUGGCCCUCCGCCAGGUAUGCCCAGCUUCAACGGCAUGCCACCCCCGGAUCCACGCGCCUUUGGCAGCCCGCCUUUUGACGGACGUGGCAUGCCCCCGCCCCCGUCGUCUGCCGAAGCUGGCCGCAACGGUGGCUAUGGACGCCAGUAA